AUGUCGGCCAUCGAUGUUCGCUCUCUGGCUAGCCGCCACCCACACGCCUCAGCAUCCAAGAUGGCCGACAUUCUCGACCUGGCCGUCAACGGUGGUGGUCAGUCGGCCCCGUCAGCUGACGAUGUAGCCUCCGCGCUCGACAGCCUGUUCGGCCCACAGCAGCAACAGGCCGGAAACGAGGCUGAGUCCCUCUUCUGGACGCUGUGGACGCUGUACAUCGAUGUUGCGCGCCGGGUGCCCGCCGUGGACGACGACCGCCAGAAGCUCCUCGUCUCGGCCGUAGAGGCCCUCAAGUCACGUAAGAGGGGUUCCGUCAGGGUGUGGAGCAACGACUCUGCUGUCUGGGGUGAUCUUCCUAUGCUGGGACCGUGCAUGAGGGAGGCAUGGAACUCCACCCCCAAUCUUAACGGCAGCGAAGCCGAUAAGGCCGCCAUGGACGCCUGCAUCAACGUCAACUCGUUCGCCGCGCGGCUCCUCGGCUCCUCGGUCACGACGUGGGACAACCUGGCCGUCUGGUCCCUGCGCGACACGCUUGAGACGGAACUGACGGUCAGCAACGGUGACGGCGUGGACGCCUCCAUCUCAGUGGCAUGCGAGUGGCUGCACCAUGCCGGAAAGGCGCUGCACGACAAGGGGAGCGGAGCGAGUGCGGCGAACCUGGACGAUGCGACGAGGAGGGUUCUCAGGCCGGGAAGCCUCUUUGACGGCGAGUCUGGGCUGAACGAUAAGAGGUGGAGGUUCUGGCGCAACAGGCUGGCGGCGCUUGCGGGCAAGGCGACUGACGUCGAGGUUAAGACCAGAGCUCAGAGUGUUGUACAGCUGAUGGACAUGCUGGGGGCAUGA